AGUAUUUUAGUUCAUAUAACUUAAGAAACCGGUAUUACACAAAUAAAAUAAUGGAAAAUGAGUUAAAUAUUAAACUUUCUGAAAGAUUAUCGCCUUUAGUGCGACCGGUACACUACAAGCUGCUUCUUAAUCCUGAUUUAAAAUCAGGGUUAUUUAAAGGGAACGUGAAAAUAAAUGUAGUAAAUAAAGACGAGAAAAACUUCAUUAAUCUUCAUACAAAUUUCUUGAAAAUAUCUAGUGUCAAAGUGUACAAAGACGGCACUGAAGUUCUUAUUGAAAAGUAUAUGGAAGUGAUAGAUUUUGAACAAUUACUCAUUAAAUUUGAUAGUAAUCUUAGUCCAGGAAACUAUGAGUUAGAUAUUGAAUUCAGUGGUUCUUUAACCAGGAAUAUUGUUGGAUUUUAUUCAUCUCGGUUGAAGGAUACCAGGACAAUGGUGGCCAGCAAGUUUCAACCCACAUAUGCUCGACAAGCUUUCCCUUGCUUCGAUGAACCUGAUUUCAAGGCGACAUAUGAUAUAACAUUAGUGAAGCCCCAGUCAUAUGUGGCUUUGUCUAACAUGAAUGAAAUAUCUAAGACACAGGAUGAAGAAAACAAAUUGGAAUUAGUAACUUUUGCAACUAGUGUACCGAUGUCGACAUAUUUAGCCUGCUUCGUUGUAUGUGAUUUUGAUUUUAAAGAAACAGAAAUAAAUGCUAAUGGUAUUGGCAAGAAUUUCACAUUGAGGUCCUUUGCGCAGAGAGAUCAAAUGCAUAAAAUUGAUUUUGCCCAGGAUAUAGGGAAGAGGGCUACUGAGUUUUAUAUAAAAUAUUAUGAAGUACCUUUUCCCCUUCCAAAAUUAGAUAUGAUAGCCAUCCCAGAUUAUGUAUCUGGUGCAACAGAACAUUGGGGUCUUAUUACAUAUAGAGAGACAUCUUUCCUUGUUGAUGAAUCUACAGCAUCAUCCAAUAAUAAAAUAAGUGUUGCUAACACAAUAGCACAUGAACUAGCACAUAUGUGGUUUGGAAAUUUAGUUACAAUGAAAUGGUGGGAUGAGGUUUGGCUGAAUGAAGGGUUUGCCUCAUAUAUGCAAGUGAAAGCAUUAAAUGCUAUAGAGCCUUCAUGGACUAUGUUGGACCAAUUUCUCAUAAAAACUCUCCAUUCAGUUCUGGUGACAGAUGCUAAACUUUCAAGUCAUCCAAUAGUGCAGACUGUCAAUACACCUGAUCAAAUAACUGCAAUAUUUGAUGCUAUAUCUUAUCAUAAGGGAGCCUCAGUUUUAAGAAUGCUGGAAGGUUUUAUUGGCGACGAGAAAUUCCGUCUUGGAGUGUCGGACUAUCUUAAAAAGUAUGAAUUUGGAAAUACGGUGACACAAGAUUUACUUUCAUGUCUUGAGCCGUACUUUAAAAAAGAUAAUCCGAAUUUAAAUAUUACUAACAUAAUGGACACCUGGACCCGACAAAUGGGUUACCCAGUGUUGACUGUCUCUGAUGGUGAGGACCCAAAUACUUACGUCAUCAAACAAUCACGAUUCCUACUUGAUCCUGAGGCUGUUUAUAAAAAUGAUUCUGAUUAUAACUACCGUUGGUUUAUACCUAUCACUUAUAAGACUAAUAAAGGAGCAAAUCAUGGUAUUGUGUGGUUCGCAAACACAGAAGACUAUGUAACACUGAAAUUGCGUUCAGAUGAAGAUUGGGUGAAAAUCAAUAACAAUCAAGUGGGAUACUACCGAGUGAAUUAUACUGAUGCCAUGUGGCAGAAAUUAGUAAAUUUAUUGCAGAGUAAAUCAUCACAGCUAACCAUAUCCGAUCGUGCCCACUUAUUAAAUGAUGCGUUCGCUUUAGCUGAAGCAAGUGCAGUGUCGUAUGGUCUAGCGCUCAACUUAACAAGUUACCUCGUUGUGGAAGAUGACUAUGUGCCAUGGGCAACUGCAUCGCAUAUAUUCUCUGCGUUAAGGAGUAGACUACUCAAUACCCUCGCUUAUGAACAUUUACAGAAAUAUAUUCAGAACCUGGUAAGACCUUUGUACGAGAAACAGACGUGGGAGACUACGCAGUUGGGCGUUAUUGAGAGGCUACUUCGAACAACUGUGCUAUCGGAGGCUACCAAAUGCCAAUUACCUGAGGCAGAAGCGAAGGUCAGGGAUCUCUUCCUGAAGUGGCUCAACAAUCACGGCACAGCAUCAGCUAUUGAAAUAGAAACUGAUUUAAGAAAUAUGAUUUAUUAUGAAGGAAUGAAGUCGGCGUCGCACUUGGAAUGGGACAAACUUUGGGAAAUACUUCUAAAAGAGGAAGAUGUGCAGGAACAAGCUAAACUUAGACAUGCGUUGUCAGCACCACGGGAUAUCACUAUACUCAGAAAGUACUUAAUACUGGCAUGGGACGAGAAGAAUAUCCGUGGUCAAGACUACCUAGGCGUGUUACAUUUCAUCAGUAGUAACCCGUCUGGGGAAAUGCUGGUGUGGGACGAGGUGCGGUCCAACUGGCCUCAACUUGUCGACAGGUUCACUCUUAACAGCCGAUAUCUAGGAGGCCUGGUGACAGGCAUCACCAGCUCGUUCAAUACCAAACUCAAGCUGGACGAGAUGGAAGCAUGGUUUGCGAAAUAUCCCGAAGCAGGCGCUGGGGCGACUGCACGGUUACGUGCGCUCGAGACUGUACGCAAUAAUAUAAAAUGGGUAUCCAUUCAUCAGCCGACGGUUGCUGCAUGGCUACAAACACAACAAUGAGGACUAAUAAAUAAUUUGUGAAGUUAUCUACUGUAAUGUUAUAAAGCUGAAAAGUUAGUUUGGUUGGUUCGCGUUCAUUUUAUGAUCUAAGGGUUCGAUUGACCAAUUAUCUCUGUAGUUGAUAGCUCAUUUAUCACGUCGGCUAUACACUAACUUGACGCUAUACCAAUUAGAAUGGAUCGUCGUUGAAAAAUAUUGCAAAAAUGGGAAAAC